AUGGGGCCAUUUGAGGACUUUGUUAACUGUAAUCCCUCAUGUCAAGGUAACAGGGCACUAAUGGAUUAUUACAACAAGAUAUUGCUGGCAAACAAGAGGAACGGCACCUUGAUUGUCUGUGGUACUUUAUUCCAAGGAACUUGUCAGCUGAGAAAUCUCCAAAAUAUCACUGAAUUGCAUGUCUCAAAUGGACCUGAUAUGUCGACUGACUUAUGGGUGACACCAAAUACCCAAAAUGAUUCAACAGUGGCUAUCUUAGUUCCCCAUCCUGUAAGUGAACAAGAAAAGACAAUGGCUGUCGGUGUGACAUAUGUACAGCAACGUGGCAUUCCAUCAGAUCAACAGUACUCUUUAUCAACUAGAACAGUGGCAGCUAAUAAUGCUUUCCAGCCUUUUACCUUUGGCUUUGAAAUUACAUCUGGCAUUCAGUUAAUGAAUUUGCCUUAUCACAUUUUCUACAGAGCAGGUUUUAAUGAAGCCAGUUACAUUUACUUUUUGACCAAUCAAAAAUUUGACCUAGUAACCCCUGGAUAUGUCUCCAAAAUACAGCGUGUGUGUAACCAAGGUAGCGACACAAUGGGCACAAAAUACACAUACAACUCUCUGAUGGAUAUGAAUCUUACCUGUGAAGACAAGGACAGAGAACAGAGGUACCCAUUACUGACCACUGCACACCUGGUGGAUACCAUAAAUGGGAAAUUUCUAGUGGCCGGGUUUACUGAUGGUGAUGAUCCCAACAAGCUGAAUUUGUUUAAUUUCUCGGCUAUCUGUGUCUUCAGUUUGGUUGAAAUUGAUGGAAAUUUCCAGGAGAAUUUAGAUAACUGCCUUAAAUCAGGACAGGCACAAAGAAACAACUACUGGUUUAAUAGUGGAGGAAAGUGUGAUGAAAACAAUACAAAUUUAGUGGGGGACAGUUCCUGUAUUGUCAGCGAUAUACUUGAGAAAGCCACAAAAGGUAUUAUAGGUUUGAAGGGUAUAACCUCCACCCCACUGGUUCCAAACAGCACUUUCUACUAUACAGCCAUACAAUCUGUCAAGGAGAAGAACCACACUAUUCUCUUCCUGGGAACAUCUAAUGGGGACAUACUUAAGGGACAACUCGUGAAUAAGACGACGAUUAGCAUCUAUGACAGGAUGACAGUUGAUAACGGCAAUGCCAUCGGCUCAGACUUGUUACUGGAUUCUAACGAGACACACCUCUUCGCCAUGACUACAAGAAAGGUAGUGAGAUUUCCAGUACAGAACUGCUCUGCACUCGAGAACUGUGGAAGUUGUCUGAAAAGUAAAGACCCAUUCUGUGGUUGGUGUGUGCUGGAGCAGAGAUGUACCAGGGCAGAUGAUUGUCGAUAUAAAGAUUACCGAAACCACUGGUUGUCUGCUGUUGGGGAACAGGAAUGCCUGUCACUGAGUAUUUAUCCUUUGCAGGUGAACUUUCAGCAACUCCGGGAAACUACGCUUAAAGUAACAGUAAGACCAAUGCCAGAGAAUCUGUCUGGGGAACUAUAUGAGUGUCAAUUCAGUCCUGAUAGAAGAACUGUACACGGGACCAUAUCUGGUAAAACUAUCUCCUGUCCAUUUCCAGAGAAUUUGACUGGUCAGACAUCAGUUUCCUGGAAUGUGGCACUGUCCUUGGUAUCAAGUAUAACCAGAAAGCCGUUUGUGAAAAAUAGCUUGACCAUUGUGGACUGCACUCAAGAGAAAAAUUCCUGCACAGCUUGUGUGUCUAAGUUUUCCUGUGUCUGGUGCAUCUAUGGAAAUCACUGUACUUACAACCAUACUUUAUGUGCUGACAAAUUCGCUUCAAGUAGUAAGCAUCAUGGAGGAAAAUGUCCACAGUUAACUCCGUAUAGGAAGGCAAUCCCUAACAAGAAACGAGAGAGUAUUAGUAUUGAUGGAAAUCAUUUUCCUGAGCCAAAGACAAAAAACUCCUACCACUGUGAGAUUCAUAUGAAAGAACAAGUGAAAUCUGUGUCUGCGGAGUUUGAAAAUACCACAAGAGUAAAGUGCAACUCUCACUUGUUUCAGUAUCAGGAGAAGUCUGGUGAAUUGAAUGGAACGAUUUGGCUGGUAUGGAACAGCAGCAAUAGUUUAGUAGUUAAAGGCCAUAUCAGUGUGACAGUGUACAAGUGUGAGUUUUUGGGCACUGACUGCAGUACCUGUGGAAGUUACACCAAAGACUUCCGACCCAAGAAGGACUACAAGUGUCGGUGGUGCAGAGGGGAUUCCCAAAACAGAUGUCGGUAUUCCACUUGUCCCCGGGGUGUCAUGAGCUGUCCUUCUCCGGUCAUCUCACAGGUAACACCAACCUCUACUCAUAACCAAGGGGGUACUUUAGUUACCAUCAGAGGACGAGAGCUGGGCAGGGGCAUCCAGGAUGUGAAAAGUGUAACAUUAGCAGGUCAUCAGUGUGAUGUGGAAGGCAUGAAUGUUUCAUUUAGCAUUGUGUGCAAGACCAAAAGUAUUGAUGAAAGUACUGAAGGGAAGGUCAUUGUGAAGGUUCAGAAUGAGACAAGCAAGCCAUUUGGAAAAUUUAAGUUUGGUAACCCUGAAAUAACUGGCAUAAUGCCAAACAUUGGGCCGAAAUCCGGUGGCACGCGUGUAACAAUAAAAGGAAAGGAUUUAAGAAUAGGAAGUGCUAGGGAAAUUUACCUAGGUAAUGGAAACUUCAGAAAGGAAUGUCGGGAGGAUAAAACAGCCAGUGGUGGUUAUGAUUGCCUUGUUUGCAUAACUGGUAGAAUUUUUGAUCCAGCUUUUUGUGAUGAAAUUUCUGUCAAGAUUGACAAUAAAACCUAUAACUCCAAUAUGGAAUAUAAUUACACCAUAGACCCAACCAUUGAUUCUAUUAUGCCUAAGAAGACCUUUCACAGUGGUGGAAGACUGAUCAAUGUGACUGGUAAAUACCUGAACUCCAUACAAUCCCCAAAGAUGUUUAUACGUUGUGGAGAUAUGCGUAGCCAAUCAGAGGUAUGAGAACAUAAAAUUUAAAUCUUUGUUUAAGGGCUCACUGGCUCAAAUACCUGUAGUUUCACGCUGUGAAUAUAAAGCGGUUGAUCAAUGAGGCUGCAUGUACGAAACCACCAUCACAGGCUCAUUCACCUAAAAUGUGGGCCUUACCACUCCUCAUUGGUCACAGGCUAGACAAAACAUCCCAUCUUUUAUCAAGCUCUUCUGAGGUUAACCGGAUACUCGGAGAAGACUGGUGGUUUGCCUUAUUCUUGUUUUUACCUAUACGUGUGUGCUA